CUCGUGUAACGGUCACACUAAAUACUACAUUUUAAAAUAAUAAACGAUACGACGCCGUGAAAUUCCAGUGUAAAAGCGUGAAUAAUUUGAUAAAAAAAACUCUGAAGUGCGUACGUACAGCUAAGCAGUUGAUAUUUGAAAUAACGGUAGCGUGACUUCAAAGCAAAACAAAUGUGCGAGUGGGCUUUUUUUUCACCAGUUUUUCCCAGUGCUAAAUAUAGAGCGUAAAAAUGUUUGGCAUUAAUGCAAUAUCGUGAAAUUAGCAUCUGCUAGUUAGUCCCCGUGCCUGAAUGAGUAUGUCCACAAAUAUCUGUAACCUAGAGGUAAUAAAGAACGCAAAUCCAAACCAAUAUCGGCCCGAGGACCAACAAGCCAAACAAUUUGAUUCCGAUCGCACCGAGAGCGAUGCGACGCACCCAAUAUUACGCAGCGAUCAUCACCAUCAGGGUGAACUGGUCGAAUGUCUGACGUGCAGCCUCCAAUUCAAGAGUUUCUCCUACAGCGACAUUUGCACGCACUACACAUUCAAUCAUCCGCAUAAUUCGGCUAAUUUAAGCCAUCAUCAUCUGCCUAAGUGUUUGUACUGUAAACGCGACGUUCAUCGUUUCCAACGCGCGCAGAAAACCCAGCCGGAGAUCUAUCACUUUUGUUCGCCCCGCAAACAGAGUUAA